AUGAUGGGCUCAUGGGGCAGCGUUCUGCUUGUGCUCACCCAGCAGCUGCGGUCAUGGCGCGGCUGCGAGCAUGUGGUUGAGGGGUCCUUGUCGAAGGAUGCCUUGAGACACUUGCUGAACAUGACCUUGCAGGCCAUCCGCCAGAGCGCCUGGGAAGAGGCACUGGUGUGCUCCAACGUCAUGGAAGAGUGCUCUAACCUGGAUCAAGGUCUGGUUAGCUGGGUGGAGGAAGAUCAGUUCAUUCACAAGUUUCAGGCCGCGCUUCAGCUGGUGGUGGCAUCCUUCGGUGAGAUGCUUGAGGAGAGUAUGUUGCCAGGUGGCCAACUGGAAGAGAUGGAGUCCAAGCAGACGCUCUCCGCACUGGUGACCUCCUUGUGUGGCUUGCUGUUGAGCGCGAACCGCCGAGCGGAUCAGCUGCUCCCUGCCCUGGCCAGCGGUUUGCUCUGUGCCGCCGCGACGUCUCCGGGGCCAAGGCUGUGCCACGAGGGCCGCGCUGCAGGGACGUUGGCUUUCCACAUGCUGCAAGCCCGGCGGGCCUUAGCAGAUGUGUUGAAUACGCUCUUGGAGGAUGCUUCUCAAGAGCUGAGGGCUGAGCAGGAGCACCUCAUUUUGACCAUCGAGCCCGGAGCCUCCCGGCUGGUGGAGACCUUGUGCGCAGCGCGACCCGACCCCAAGCUGCACGAAAUGCUGGUGGAGAUGCUUUGGCGCGGCCUACGGCGUCAAGACGAUGGCUCUCCAAAUCAGGCCCCGGCUUUGGAGCUUUUGGCAGCAUUGAGAGGUCCCAGGGUCGCACGCCAGCUCAAGGAAGAGGUCUCGGCGGAGCACGUGAAGGACUGGGGCAUCGACUUGGCGUUGCAGAUCUCCCGGCGCCCAGAGGUGCACUACCUGGACUGCAGCAUCAGCUGGGGCGGCCUCCGCGCCAAUGAGUGCGCAGCCACCUUCUCCUCCCACAGCUUGCAUGUGGUUGGAGGUUUGUUGAACACCGAAGAGGUCAGUGAGGUGCAGGUGGAGUUUGAGAUUCCAUGGGUUUUCGUGCAGAAUCCCGACGCUGUGGUGGCGCGCGGCUUCCCCUUGCGUCUCACCGUGCUCCUCGAGCCGCUGAAAGCCUGUGGAACGCUGGCACCCGGCGUGGCAGAGCUGGUGUGGCUCUCGGAGGGGAUCCUUCAGAUCGAGAGCUCCGUGGAUGAGGGAAAGACCAAGGAAAUCUUCGAAGAUCUGAACAAACUCUUCCAAGAAGCCUUGCGCAGCUGCUUAGAGGGACCGUUUCAAAAGGCCGACGAGCUUGCGCAGGACAUGACACUGCAAAGCAAUGUCCAGACCUUUGUCCAAGCCUCACGGGGCGAAAGAGAGCAACGAAGACACCCUGGCGACGCCGCAGAGACUGACUCGCUCCGCUGGGGAGCCGAAGGGGAGCCGAACCCAGGACGAGCAGACCAGCCGGACGACGAGAGCGAGCGGACACCGGAGGAGACGACGCGUUCCCUUUGGGACAGUGAUGCGGACUACGACUCGCAGUCAGAGCAAGACAGUGAUGCGGACUACGACUCGCAGUCAGAGCAAGACAGUGAUGUGGAUGACAAGUUGGUGAGCAUUUGGCAAAGGUUGGAACGCAACGGUCUUUUAGGCCCUGGCACCAGGAGAUGGUUUCAGCACUUUUGCUUCGCACUCCCGGGUAGGCUUUGCGCCUUCGCCACCAUAUCAGCAUGCAUCUACUGCUUGGUGAGACCCAAUGAGCAGAUUGUCGCCCUGUUGGGCAAGAAAGCCUUCAAUUUGGCCGGGGCCAUGUGUGCCAUAGCCACGCUCUGUGGGAUUUCUUCAGCCUAUGGUGCUACACACAUUCUUCACGACACAAGUUUCAGAAAGCUGGUCACACGCGUCAAGUCUUCGCAAGCACCGGCGUUUACUGCAGAUGAUGACCAAUUCAAUGAAAAGGAUUCGGAUUGGCGAGGGCGUCGGUUUGAUUUCGAUUGGCUGCCCAUGCUCAACUUGAUCGCAAGGCUUUUGGGCUACGCUUUGCUGAUAGGUAUUCCUCUUUGCCCAGCUUUUGAAUCAGAUCCCAUGUACCUCCUUGCGUGGCUGUUAGCAGUGGUCUUCUUGGUGUUUUUUUGCCCUGGCUGCUUCUAUAUUCAGACCUUGGUGGUGAAGUUGAGCCAUCACCACGUGAAAGGUUUAAUUGAAGACAUCGAACAUGCUGCCAAGCGCAAGGCGCCUGGAAAACCUGCUCAGUUCUGGCAGGAGAUGACAGAAAAACACAAAAAGAUGGACCGAACGCUAGAAACGAUUUGGGAUCUUGCAAUGUGGAUGGUCCUGCCUCAUUUCAUCUCAAGCGUGGCUUUCGGGACGAUUGGCCUGGUUGCUUGCUUGACAGGUCUGGCAACGCGCUCCGAUUCUUUGGCAUUAGCUGGUUUGCCCAUCCUUUUGAUCAUGCUCUUUGAGGUGACGAACCGCUUAGAUGAAAUGGCAAGCAUUACCAAGAUGUGCAUGUCCACGGCGACGAAAACUCCAAUGACAAGCAUCCUCGCCUCAGCCAUCGCAGCAUCAGGUAAGAGUCCCUGGAAAAACGAUGCUGGUUGCAAAUCUGUUGGCUACAACGACUUGGCCGACGAGCGUGCAGACCAUGCCCGUUUUUUGCAGUACUUGAGAACCAAUCGUGCAGGGGUGGAGGUGCGCGGGGUGUUGAUUGACUCCAAUCUGAUUGGCCGAGUGUAUUUGCAUUGUGGCACCGGUUUCCUGGCGCUCUUUUCCUAUUUGCUGGCCAAUCUGAAUAUCCACCAAGAGGACUUGCUGACGGGCUCUCAAGAAGCCAUUCGCCACGUCUCGAACAUCUUAUUCAACCAAUGA